CCUUCUCUGCAGCGCCCAACGUUUAUCUACGCAUCGCGCGCUGCAACGGCCAACGGGGGGCGCUGCCAUUGUAUACGUGCUCGAACGGUCGAACCUGCUCGUGCACUCCAGCAUCUCAAGUUCUCAUAGCGAGAGGGGAGAGAGCGGCAGAGGUGGGAGGGAGGAAGAUGAGCGGCAGCGUGGAGACGCAGGCGCGGGCGUUCGCGGACGAGGUGCGCGGCGGCGCCCUGGAGGCGAAGAACUGGAUGCUGGACCUCGGCCACCCGCUCCUCAACCGUGUCGCCGAGAGCUUCGUCAAGGCCGCCGGGAUCGGCGCGGUCCAGGCGGUCGCGAGGGAGUCGUACUUCAUGGCCAUCGAAGGCGAGGGAGGAUCGGUGUCCGGCGCCACCGGCUCGAGGAAACGCUCGUUCCCGGAACUCAAUGGGACGAACAGUGGUAGCAAGUCGGCCGAGGCCAUGGUGAAAAACGUGAGCAAAGAGUCGUUGCAGUGGGGACUCGCGGCUGGCGUGCACUCCGGCCUGACCUACGGCCUGACGGAGGUGCGCGGGACGCACGACUGGCGUAACAGCGCCGUGGCCGGCGCCAUCACGGGCGCCGCCGUCGCGCUCACGUCGGACCGCGCGUCGCACGAGCAGGUCGUGCAGUGCGCAAUCGCCGGCGCGGCGCUCUCCACGGCCGCCAACGUGCUCUCCGGCAUAUUCUGAAUCCGUCCUGAGCCCGCCGGCCGAAGCUAUGUUGCGCUGGAUGUUGCGCACCCUAAUGUUGCCAUCGCUAUGUUCUUAGUAGUAGUAGUAGCCCCCCUUAUACGAUAAUUUGGGGUGUUGCAUCAAUGUGUCGCGGAUGCUUUCAGCUACAGCAUCUUGUAAGCGGACUAGAUGACAUUGAUUUGUCGUUACCGUCGCCGAUAUAUCUGUUGCUGCGGCUAUUGAGCCUCCCGUGGCAGAUCAUGAGUUCAUGACCGUCUUCAGUGUACUGCAGUUGAUUCUGUUGAGGUUCCUCGGCUGGCAGCCGACAUGAGCAGCUCGACGCCAGAACUCGUGUUCUGGGAAUACUGGCAACUCAUCACGUAUGUCAGCUAACCUGGUGUCGUCACUUCGUCAGUUGUAGCAUGUAUUAUUUCCAGAAACGGGACGCUUAGGGUCUAUUUGUUGA